AUGGCCAAGAUCAGCUCCCUGAACGUCCGCGUGGUGGAGGGCCGGGCGCUGCCCGCCAAGGACGUGUCUGGGAGCAGUGACCCCUACUGCCUGGUGAAGGUGGACGACGAGGUGGUGGCCAGGACAGCGACCGUCUGGCGCAGCCUGAGCCCCUUCUGGGGGGAGGAGUACACCGUGCACCUGCCUCUGGAUUUCCACCAUCUGGCCUUCUACGUGCUGGACGAGGACACCGUUGGGCACGACGACGUCAUCGGCAAGAUCUCGCUGAGCAGGGAGGCGAUUGCAGCCGAUCCCCGAGGGAUCGACAGCUGGAUCAAUCUGAGCCGCGUGGACCCGGAUGCGGAGGUGCAGGGCGAGAUCUGCCUGUCGGUGCAGAUGCUGGAGGAUGCACGGGGCCGCUGCCUUCGCUGCCACGUGCUCCAGGCUAGGGACCUGGCCCCCCGAGACAUCUCCGGCACAUCUGACCCAUUCGCACGUGUGUUUUGGGGCAGCCAGAGCUUGGAGACCUCGACCAUCAAGAAGACGCGCUUCCCACACUGGGAUGAGGUGCUGGAGCUGCGGGAGGUGCCCGGUGCCCCGUCCCCACUGCGGGUGGAGCUCUGGGACUGGGACAUGGUGGGCAAGAACGACUUCCUGGGCAUGGUGGAGUUCUCCCCGAAGACCCUGCAGCACAAGCCGCCCAGUGGCUGGUUCCGCCUCCUGCCCUUUCCCGGAGCCGAGGAGGAUUCUGGAGGGAGCCUGGGUGCCCUGCGGCUGAAGGUGCGCCUGAUCGAAGACCGCGUCCUGCCCUCCCGGUACUACCAGCCCCUCCUGGAGCUGCUCAUGGACUCUGUGCUGGGGCCAGCGGAGGAGGACACUGCCAGCCCCCUGGCUGUGCUGGAGGAGCUGACCUCGGGGGACUGCCGCCAGGACCUUGCCACCAAGCUGGUGAAACUCUUCCUUGGCCGGGGCCUGACCGGGCCCUUCCUGGACUAUCUCACCCGGCGCGAGGUGGCUCGGACCACUGACCACAACACCCUCUUCCGGUCUAACUCCCUGGCUUCCAAGUCGAUGGAGCAGUUCAUGAAGCUCGUGGGCAUGCCCUACCUGCACGAGGUCCUGAAGCCGGUGAUUGGCCGCGUCUUCGAGGAGAAGAAGUACAUGGAGCUGGACCCGUGCAAGAUGGACCUGGGCCGCACCAGGAGGAUCUCCUUCAAGGGUGCGCCCUCAGAGGAGCAGAUGCGGGAGACCAGCCUGGGGCUGCUGACGGGCUACCUGGGGGCCAUCGUGGACGCCAUCGUGGGCUCCGUGGGGCGCUGCCCGCCGGCCAUGCGCCUCGCCUUCAAGCAGCUGCGCCGGCGCGUGCAGGAGCGCUUCCCCCAGGCGGAGCUGCAGGACGUGAAGUACCUGGCGAUAAGCGGCUUUCUCUUCUUGCGAUUCUUCGCACCUGCCAUCCUCACCCCGAAGUUGUUUGACCUCCGGGACCAUCACGCAGACCCUCAGACCAGCCGCUCCCUGCUGCUGCUUGCCAAGGCCAUACAGAGCAUCGGAAACCUGGGCCAGCAGCUGGGCCAGGGCAAGGAGCUGUGGAUGGCCCCCCUGCACCCCUUCCUGCUGCAGAGCAUCUCACGCGUGCGGGACUUCCUGGACCGGCUGGUGGACGUGGAUGGGGAUGAGGAGGCUGGUGCCCCAGCCAGGGCCCUGGUCUCGCCCUCGGUGACAGUUCGCGAAGGCUACCUGCUAAAGCGCAAGGAGGAGCCUGCCAGCCUGGCCACACGCUUCGCCUUCAAGAAGCGCUACUUCUGGCUCAGCGGGGAGACCCUCUCCUACGCCAAGGGUCCCGAGUGGCAGACGCGCACCUCCAUCCCGGUGUCGCACAUCCGCGCCGUGGAGCGCGUGGACGAGGGCGCCUUCCAGCUGCCCCACGUGAUGCAGGUGGUGACGCAGGACGGCGCGGGGCCGCUGCACACCGCCUACCUCCAGUGCAAGAACGUGAACGAGCUCAGCCAAUGGCUGUCAGCCCUGCGCAAGGCCAGCGCCCCCAACCCGGACAAACUGGCCUCCUGCCACCCCGGUGCCUUCCGCAGCGCCCGCUGGACCUGCUGUCUCCAGGCUGAGCGCUCAGCUGCCGGUUGCAGCCGUACACACUCAGCUGUGACCCUGGGGGACUGGAGUGACCCGCUAGAUCCGGACGCUGAGGCCCAGACGGUGUAUCGGCAGCUGCUUCUAGGGCGGGACCAGCUCAGGAUGCAGUUCCUGGAGGAUUCCAGCAUGAACACGACUCUGGAGGCGGACACGGGGAAGGGCUCCAGAGCCUGUCCUGACGUCCGGGCCCGGCAGAGAGCAGCGGCUGCCCUCCUGCUGGAGGUGCUCGCAGACCUGGAUCAGGCCCACGAAGAGUUCCAGCUGCAGGAGCAAGCGGGGGCGGCCCCAGGCCACCUCAGGCCCUGA